GGACCCGGGCAGGCGCCGUCCAGUCCCGGGCGCAGGCACAGCUAGUGAGGGGCUAGGCCCGGGGACGCCAGGGUGGCGGCCACGAUGGUGGCCACGUGCCUGCAGGUAGUGGGCUUCGUCACGAGCUUCGUGGGUUGGAUCGGCAUCAUCGUCACCACGUCCACUAAUGACUGGGUGGUGACCUGCGGCUACACCAUCCCCACCUGCCGCAAGCUGGACGAACUGGGCUCCAAGGGGCUGUGGGCCGACUGCGUCAUGGCCACGGGGCUGUACCACUGCAAGCCCCUGGUGGACAUCCUCAUCCUGCCGGGCUAUGUCCAGGCCUGCCGAGCCCUGAUGAUUGCAGCCUCAGUCCUGGGGCUGCCCGCCAUUCUCCUGCUGCUGACGGUUCUCCCCUGCAUUCGAAUGGGCCAUGAGCCCGGUGUGGCCAAGUACAGGCGGGCUCAGCUGGCUGGUGUGCUGCUCAUUCUGCUGGCUCUCUGUGCCAUCGUUGCCACCAUCUGGUUCCCCGUGUGCGCCCACCGUGAGACCACCAUCGUGAGCUUUGGCUACUCCCUGUACGCGGGCUGGAUCGGGGCUGUGCUGUGCCUCGUGGGUGGCUGUGUCAUCGUCUGCUGCGCUGGAGAUGCCCAGUCGUUUGGUGAAAACCGCUUCUACUACUCUUCGGGCUCCAGCUCCCCGACUCAUGCCAAGAGUGCCCACGUAUAAGAGGGCUGCUGCCUGCCUACCCAGGUGCUGCAGAUCCCAGGCCCGUGGCCCCGGCUUUGCUUGCCACAGGCGGGGGAAGCCCACUCCACUGCCAGGCUCCAAAGCCAAAGCUGUAGAAAAGCAUCUCGUCUGGCAUGUUUUAGUCUUAAUACCCCCCUCCCCAUUUGUUGCCUUAAAAGAGAUCUUAAGUUCAGAAAAUGCCCACACAAUUUUCUCAUGGUUUUGCCCAUUAAUAGCUCUUUUCUUGGGCAUUCCUUUGUUGUUCAUCUAUAUAUAUAUACAUAUACACAUAUAUAUGUAUAUGUAUAUAUAUUUCCUCUCUUUCUUUAAAUUUUAAAUAUCUUGCAAACAUUGCUGAAUUGAGUGUAGAGAGAGAAAUAAAAGACACUUUUCAAACUGUUACAGAUGACAAUGGGAGCCUCAUAAAGAUGCCUCUCUGUUUGCUCCCUCCUCUUCGGCUCCAAGGUCAUUUAGUUAUAAGUGAUAGAGAAAAAUAGAACCGGGGAUGUGGGGUGGGGAGGGAGGGGAUUGUGGAACUUUCCCUCCAUGGGAAACUUCCCUUUUGUAAGUUGAGGGCAAGGGUGGGGAUAUUUUUUAGUUUGUGAUUUUACAUUUAUCUGUACAUACUUUUUCAAGAUUGAUCAUUUUUAUAACCAUGGUUUUCCUGAAAUUCUCAGUUCAUCAGUAUGAAGGAAAUGAACCAAAUAAGCUUUAAUUAUAUGAUAAAUAACAGUCCAAGUGAAUAUAACUCUAACUGACAUACCACAAAAUAGUUUUGAUUUCUGGGUUUGUAUGAUGUAGUUUUUAAUCCUACACUUGCAUAUGCUUCAACUUAACACAUUUUUAAAGUUUCUUCCCCUUCUCUAUUUUCAUUUUGUUAGCCAUCUUGCAGUGGUGUUGUUUAACAUAAAUCAUGCUGUUGAAUUUGGCUUUACGGGUGUAAACACUGAUGUAGUGUAUCAGUAUCCAAGACCCCAAACUCUCCAAACAAUGAUGGUGCAUUUUGUUCUUUAAGUGAAACCCGUGCAAUAAAAUAACAGACUGUGUGCAAAA